AUGGCUAAUAAAAAGGCAACUACAAAAUCAGCAGAUGAAUCCUUUGACAAAGCAAAUUGUUAUUUGUUUGGCAGGCAUGGCUGUAAAAAAGAUCCUUCGCUAGCUGUAUCCCAUCUGAGACAUGCCGUGUCUUUAGGUCAUCCAAAGGCAGAAGGAAUACUCGGCUUUUGUUAUGAAUUUGGAUUAGGUGUUGAAACGAACUUUAAACAAAGCGAAUAUCAUUAUUCAAAGGCAGCUAUAGAGCAUAAAGAUGGCCUCAGUAUGGCUCGUAUGGCCUUCUUGCGAAAAUACGGCCGACCCAACGUCAAAAUAGACCGGAUAGAGGCAGAAGAAUGGAUGGCACGAGUCAGUCGACAACCGAACGCUAUACAAUGGAUUGUACAAGCUGCUUCACUGUAUGAUGAUCCUGCGGCUCAAUAUGCAUUAGGUGUUUGUUACCAUGACGGCAUUGCUGUACCCAAAGAUGAAGGGGCUGCUUUUUGGUGGUACAAAGCCAGUGCGGAACAGGGACAUCCACGAGGACAAGGUAUCCUUGGUUACUGUUACGGUGAGGGCUUUGCGAAUGGCCUUGUUAAACGGGAUGAGAAAGAAGCGAUGCGUUGGUACCGGUUAGCUGCUGAUCAAGGUGAAACGGUGGCUAUUUAUAACAUUGGCUAUUGCUAUGAAGAAGGUAUCGGCGUCGAUGUUGAUUUACAAGAAGCGGUGAAAUGGUACCGACGCGCGGCAGAGCAAGGAAAUGCUUUUGGACAAAACUCUCUUGGCUAUUGUUAUGAAGAUGGCAUAGGCGUUGAAGUGGAUCACCAUGAAGCUGCAAAAUGGUACCAAUUGUCUGCUGCACAAGGCUACCCGUGGGCAGAGUGUAACCUAGGAUACUGUUAUCAAAAUGGCAUUGGGUUACCUAAAGAUGAUACCAUGGGCGUCUUUUGGUACAAAAAGGCGGCUGCUCAGGGACACGCAAGAGCACAACACAACCUAGGAUUCUGUUAUCAGAACGGUAUUGGUGUGGUAAAAGACGAAGCAGAGGCAAUCAAAUGGUAUCGACAAUCGGCUGAAAAAGGCAACACAUUUGCCUAUCAUUCUUUAGGCUACUGUUAUCAGCAUGGCAUCGGGGUUGCCGUGAACGAGCGAGAAAGUGUCUUCUGGUACUACAAGUCUGCUGAACAAAAUCAUCCUCCUGCUCAACUCUCUUUGGGAUAUUGCUAUCGAAACGGCAUCGGUGUUCCUAAGAAUGAGCAAGAAGCUGUCAAGUGGUUCCAAAAGAGCUCUGAACGUGGUAAUGCUUUAGCACAAAACAGUCUUGGCUUUUGCUAUGAAGAAGGAAUUGGGGUUGAGAAAGAUGCCACACGUGCUGUAUUUUGGUAUCACCAGUCGGCCAAACAAAACAAUCCUUGGGCGCAGUGUAACCUGGGUUUCUGUUAUGCAAACGGUAUUGGUGUAACAAAAGAUGAUGCAAAAGCCGUGGAAUGGUAUAGUAGAGCAGCCGUUCAGAAUCAUGCCCGUGCUAUGGACAAAUUGGGCAUCCAUCUACAGGAAGGGAAAGGUAUAGAGCAGAAUUUAACACGGGCCUUUGAACUGUUCAAGAGGGCCGCGGAAUGUAGUAGCGACCAAACACCAGCUCAGUAUCAUCUCGCCAAUUGUUAUGAAAAAGGUUUAGGCUGUGACAUCGAUCUAGCAAAAGCGACUUACUGGUUCGAAAGAGCCGCAUUAGCAGGUUGCAGAAAAUCGCAUGAAAGAUUGCGACUUUUGAUUGUUCGUGAGUGCUUGGUUCAACCCAAUGCAUUGUCAGCAUCGACAACAACCUCCACCCUCGCUGUUCUUAACGAGGACGACCUCCUGUACUGCGGGCUCAUCUCUGGUCAUAGUGCACCCGCAGCAUAA